UGUAAUUAGAGAGUUGGAGCAGUUGGAGGCAGCUGGACCGGCGGCAGCAGUAGGUGCUGUCCCAUCAUCAGAUCACACCCAACGGGGCCGCAGCGCACCGCUCCUCCGGCCGAACACCAUGACACCCGGAUCCAGGACCGCAGCCUGAGCCGCACCGAGGACCGAACCCCCGGAGGACCGCGGGCACACGCACACAGCCGCGCUUACACGCACGCUCACGCGCGGGUCAGCGGCGCCGAAGAUCGCAGCGACCCACCGGCAGAUUGACGGAGGGAGCCGCGGAGCUGCCGCUGCGGAGACGCGUCCCGAGACAGAAUCCGGUCCGCGCGAGUCAUUUCACGCCCACGCAGAUUUUAAAACAUGUCAUCUUCGGGGAAGGACGCCAACAGCGGGCAUUAUGCCAACUAUGUGGGACCGUACCGGCUGGAGAAGACGCUGGGGAAAGGACAGACAGGUCUGGUGAAGCUGGGUCUCCACUGUGUCACAGGUCAAAAGGUCGCCAUAAAGAUCGUCAACAGAGAAAAGCUCAGCGAGUCUGUUCUAAUGAAGGUGGAGCGGGAGAUCGCCAUCCUGAAACUCAUCGAGCAUCCUCACGUCCUGAAGCUGCACGACGUCUACGAAAACAAGAAAUACCUGUACCUGGUGCUGGAACACGUGUCCGGCGGGGAGCUGUUCGACUACCUGGUGAAGAAAGGCCGGCUGACGCCCAAAGAGGCCCGGAAGUUCUUCAGACAGAUCAUCUCAGCGCUGGACUUCUGCCACAGCCACUCCAUCUGCCACAGAGAUCUGAAGCCAGAGAACUUGUUGUUAGAUGAGAAAAACAACAUCAGAAUAGCGGACUUCGGCAUGGCGUCUCUGCAGGUCGGGGACAGUCUGCUGGAGACCAGCUGUGGAUCUCCGCACUACGCCUGCCCGGAGGUCAUCAGGGGAGAGAAAUACGACGGGAGGAAAGCAGACGCAUGGAGCUGCGGAGUCAUCCUGUUUGCACUUUUAGUGGGCGCGCUGCCGUUCGACGACGACAACCUGAGGAACCUCCUGGAGAAGGUGAAGCUGGGAGUUUUCCACAUGCCGCACUUCAUCCCGCCGGACUGCCAGAACCUCCUGCGGGGGAUGAUCGAGGUGGACGCCGCCAAGCGUCUGACGUUAGAGCAGAUCCAGAAGCACACCUGGUACCUGGCUGGAAAAAACGAGCCGGAGCCGGAGCAGCCGGUUCCCAGGAAGGUGUCCAUCAGGACGCUGGGCGCGCCGGAGGAGAUCGACCCGGACGUCCUGGAGAGCAUGCACUCCCUGGGCUGCUUCAGGGACAAGGACAAGCUGACCAAAGACCUGCUGUCUGAGGAUGACAACCAGGAGAAGAUGAUCUACUUCCUGCUGCUGGACCGGAAGGAGAGAUACCCGAGCCAGGAGGACCAGAACCUGCCGCCGCGCAACGAGAUCGAUCCUCCCAGGAAGCGCGUUGACUCGCCCAUGCUGAGCCGCCACGGCAAGCGGCGACCAGAGAGGAAGUCCAUGGAGGUUCUGACCGUCACAGAGGGCGGGUCGCCCGUCCCGGUGCGGCGAGCCAUCGACAUGGCAACCCACGGUCAGAGCAAAUCUGUUUUCAGUAAAAGCUUGGAUAUCACAAACGCUAACUGCAGCAAGGAGGACAGGUCGCGGUCGAUCAGCGGAGCGUCCUCCGGUCUGUCCACCAGCCCCCUCAGCAGUCCCAGGCCCCACCGCCGGUUUUUCGUCCCGCCCCAGUCCCCCGAUCUCUGUCAGUCCCCGAACUGCAGCCCUACGCACCUGAACGGGGUGGGGCCCCGCGCGCCCUACCUGCCAAAGAUGGGGUCCCCCCUCAUGCACCCCCGCACGCAGACCCUCCCCGCCAAGCCCAAAGUGUCAGAGAAGCCCCUGCAGACCACCAGGUCCAACCCGCUGCCCCACACGGCUCAGACCCUCGGCGCCCCCAAACCCGAGCCGUCCACGGCGAACCAGCCCCUGGCCCCCAGCAGCCCGCGGACCAGGCGCCACCCUCCCCUCACCGUCCCCCCCAAGCUGUCCAUCCCACUGUCCCCGGUGCCCCCCCUGUCCCCGCUCCGCCGCCACCUCCACCCUGACCACAACGCCAAAUCUGUCCCCAUCACGCAGGUAACCCCCCACCCCUCCCCCAGGGGGAGCCCCCUCCCCACCCCGAAGGGCACGCCGGUGCACACGCCCAAGGAGAGCCCGGCCGGCACGCCGAGCCCCACGCCGCCGCCGAGCCCGUCCAUCGGCGGGAUGCCCUGGAGGACGCGCCUCAACUCCAUCAAGAACAGCUUCCUGGGAUCGCCGCGCUUCCACCGCAGGAAAAUGCAAGUUCCCACCCAGGAGGACAUGUCCAGCCUGACCCCAGACUCGUCUCCAGAGCUGGCUAAGAAGUCGUGGUUUGGGAACUUCAUCAACCUGGAGAAAGAGGAGCAGAUCUUCAUCGUGAUCCGGGACAAACCUCUGAGCUCCAUCAAGGCCGACAUCGUUCACGCCUUCCUGUCUAUCCCCAGCCUGAGCCACAGCGUCAUUUCUCAGACCAGCUUCAGGGCCGAGUACAAAUCCACGGCCGGUCCCACGGUUUUCCAGAAGCCGGUCAAGUUCCAGGUGGACAUCACCUACACAGAGAGCAGCGGCGCCACCAAGGAGAACGGCAUUUACUCCGUCACCUUCACCCUGCUGUCAGGUCCAAGUCGGCGUUUUAAGCGGGUGGUGGAAACCAUCCAGGCGCAGCUGCUCAGCUCCAACGACCAGCCGGGCAUCCAGCCGCAGAUAUCUGACGUCUCCCAGCGCUCAGCCAGUAAAUCCUCCAAACGCGGCAGCCCGUUGAGUAACUUCUUUGACGUAAUUAAACAGCUUUUUUCAGACGAGAAGAACAUCCAAGCGUCGCACUCCCCAGGCGUCCCUACCUCGACUAGCUCCCCCACCAAGCAUGCCCCCGGCAGCAGGCCCAGCCAGACCCCGCCCAAUGACUCUAAAUGCCCCCCAGGCAAAGACAAAACAAAGAUGGCCGCCAGCAACAGGACACAGGAACACCCUUAAGGAGCAGUAGCUGUGCAUGACUAGAUGAAAAGCAGGAAUCAGGUCAUUAAGAAGCAGAGAGCUGCUAACUUUACCCUUUAGCUCCGAGUGAAAGUAAAAAAAAAAUCUACUUUUUGCCUAUAAAUUUUGUACUGUAUAUUGGGAAUGGCUCAGUUUAAAAGUCGAUCAGUAUUUUAAGAACUAGUAGCAAAUGUAGCUUUGCUGUCCCUCCCUUGUGUCCCUCUGUGUCCUCCUCACAUGUGUGAUGGCUUGACUUGUCUCUGCCACCAGGGAUCAUCCAUAAUAGCUAUUAACCUCGACGGCUCCUCAGCUGCAGCCCGCUCACGGCCCGCCACCGCCGCCGAACCGAGCCCGACGCUGAGGGAAAGGCGGAGCAUCCCUUUUGAUUCCACUUCGCCCAACAUUACCAAACGCAGACCAUCUCAGAAGAGUUGUAAAAAGGAAAAAAGGCCUUAAGACAGUGAUGUUUGUCCUCCUCUUCAUCCUUUCUCUUCCACUUUUCCCCACAUGUACAUACAAAAAACUACAAAACUGACUCCUUUAUGGGAUUUCCUGACUUGAAUCGGAGGCGGACGGAGGGACGGACUCUGGUUUCUUUUUAAAGUUGAGUUUUUUGUGGCUGAUUCUGGCGACCCAGGAUAGUACAGGGCGUUCCGUGAUGUUCUAAAGAUGAAUGAUCUCUUCUGUUGUACAGGCCAGUUGAUGAUCUGUGUUGUGACAUUAGGUUUUAAGUUGAUUUGUAUUUAUGUUCAGGUGUGGUCACACCAGAAAGGGGUUGAUCCAUUAGCUACUUCUGACAGCCUGCCAUUCAUUUCUGUGCCAUCUUUCUCCUAAUGUCUCAAUUUAAGUUCUCUAAGUCUGAUGUGACACAGAAUCUUAAAAUGAAAAAUUUGUUGGAUGCAAAGUUAACAUCUCACCCUCAGUACUUCCAGUGGCUGUGGUUAGCAUAGCCGUCGUCACUCAGUCACAUGCUAAGGACAGCCUGGCGUUUCUUUACGACCGAUAGAUACUGCAGCAUGAAUUUGAAAAACUUUUCCUCUUCUUUACUUACAAACAAUGAUUUUACUGAUUAUAGAAGAGAAAUUUAAAUUUCAAAAGUAAAGAUUUUUUAAAAACUGGAUUUAUCUUUCAUAAACUUUAUUAAACUAGAGCCUAGAACUGUAAGGCUUUUAUCUUUAGAGAAACAUUAAGCUUCAGUGAACACAUCCUUGAUGCUAGCGCCACCUUCUGGUCCAAUUAUUAAAGUAGAAAAGGUGACAUUCUGGGCCAUUAUUGGCUGUUUGACACUACAUACAUAAAUGCACUGGAUGAAAUAUUGUUCUUCUGUUAAAAAUUGAUUUUUUUUGCAGCUGGCGCCCUCUGCUGUUGGUUCAGCAGAUUACAACUCUAAGACAUCAUACAGUUUAUAUAAUAAUUUUUACAGUUUUUAAUUUAUUUUAGUUUUGAGCGAUUCUGGUGUGACCACGUUGUUGGUAAAAUGUCUUUCUGUUAUGUUGCACUUUCGACAGCACUUCGGUUACAUUAAAGUGUUUUUUUUACAUUUUGUUAUUUUUUGUAUUAUCUGCAGGUUUCAGACGAUACUGAACUGCUCUGAAUAUUUUUCUAUUUUAAUGCAUUUUUCAUGCGCUAUUUAUCAGUUAUUUAUAUCAAAGAUGUAGAGAAUGUUCCUGAAAUUGAUUAUUUAAAGAUAUUUUUGUCAUUUUUAAUUUAUUUUUUCUUUUCCCUGUUUGUUUGUUUUUUGUUGUUUUUUUGAGGAGAGAAACUUUGUAAUAUAUGUUUGAAACUGAUUUGUUGUAUUUAAGAAUGUAGAUUUAGCCUCUUUGGGAGGAAACCCCAUCUGUUGGGCGAAUGAAGACUCAAACAUUCAUCGUGUAAAGAAGCAGUUUUCCUGACGAGCUUAUUUAAAAAACCAGGGGGAUUCCUGAUCUUAGCUUUGACCUUUGACCUCGUACGGUUGUUUGCAUGUUCAGCAUUCGUCUUUUCUUUGCAUGUCGCUGUUGAAAUGUUCACCCGUUUCCUUUUUGUGUCUAGGUUUUUAUGCAUUUUUUUAUCUGAGCUUUCUCAUUAAUUUUACCUUCAGAUUUGUUAUUUUUGAUAAUUCAUUCUUUUGCCAGCCUCUUCCUUCCUCCCCUUUAUAUCUGAUUACUGUAAGCACACAGUAAACUUGCAUCCUAAUCACUCAUGUUUCUCGGAGACGGACUCGGUUCAGAGGAAACCUAAAGCAAUACCUUCCAUCCUUCGCUUUUUCUACCGCGGGAAUCCAGAGCACACUGAACGGACUCGGAGCAGGAGAACCACUGGCAAUGUAUUCCCUUGUGAUGUUACUGUGAACAAAUUCAGUGCUAAAGGAAUAAAUCUGUUGACUUUG